UAUGAGUCCCUGUGUAUAAGUAUAACUGAAUGUGCAGCUACACAUGUAUUGUACAUAUUUAUUUGAAUUCACGUACAAAUAGUUAAAUAACUCGAUUUGGAAAAAUAAUUAUUUAUAUAUUAAUAUAUGAUCAAAUUUCACUUUACAAAGUUUUAUUUAAGAAAAAAAAAAUGGCACAAAAUGAUAACUAUGAUGAUAUGAAUUCUUCAUUUGAUAAAAUUAUAGGUUAUAUAGAAGAUAUUUUGAUAGAGCCAGCAUUUCAGGAAAUUCAAAAAAAUUUCCUGGAGAAAUACUGGAAAGAAUUCGACAUAAUAGACGAAAAUAAAUUAAUUUAUAUGGAUAUAUUCUUAGAAUAUCAACAAACAAUUGAAAACUACUUAGAAGAUAGUCUAAAGAAACUGUUACCUGAAUUUUCAAUGAAAUCUUUUAUAACACACUUAAGUGAAUUCAAGGAUUUGGAUGGUGAAGUAUUCGAGAUAUUGUCGACGUUCAAUGACUUUUUAGCAUUCAAAGAAAUGAUUUUAGAUUAUAGAGCUAUGAAAGAAGGAAAAAUUGAAGAUUUGAGUACAGGGAUAUUAAUUACAUCUGUCAAUAUUAUGGACAAAAAUAUCACAGGGUAAAUGUUGCAAAAUUGUAGCUUAUUCAUUUCAUUUGCACAUAUUCAUUAAGACACACACGAAGAUAUUAAUUUAUAAGGUAUUUCUACUACAAUAAAACAUUCAAUUUAUUACAUUUUA